CUUUUACGUUCAGUUAAUCAGCAGAUUGGACGCAGGUGUGCGUUUACCUAGCAAGUUUUAACCCGGCAUAUAACGCGAAUUUAGACACUCAGAGCCGAGACUGUCUUUUAUAAACUUUGGAGCCACUUGUUUUGAUUCAGGAUGUUUGCCUGGUUUUGUGUUUUUGUUUGUGCUUCGGCCGCCGGACAAACCAUGACCGGGGAGCCCCGAAGUGUUCCGGUUAACGACACCAGGGUUUUGACGGCAGCUCGUUUUGCUGUGGCUGAAUUCAACAAAGUCAACGCAGGAGAGACGUUCGCUUAUAAAACUGUGGCGAUAACAUCGGCUAAAAUUCAGGUAGUUGCGGGAAUAAAGUACAUUCUGGACAUGCUGCUGGGGCAGACUGUGUGCAGCAGAAGCCACGCUGCUGCGGACAGCGAGCCAUGUGCUUUCCAGUCUAGACGCAAGGCAAGUUCAAGAACUGGGUGGUGCAUAACACAACGAGGGGGAGUACCAGUGCCACUUCGUCGUUGUAGAAGUCCCCUGGGAGAAAUCACGUGUUCUCUCUAAAAAUGAGUGCCACCAAAAUAAAAGCUAAUACACUCAUA